UCGUUGACGCUUUGGACGAAAUUUCCGAGGAUGACGCGGCUCGUUCUGAGAUGCUGCAUUGUCUGCAGUCUCUGGGAGGUAGCCUAUUGGUGACUUCUCGUGACAUAUCAUCGAUCAAGGCAGUCCUUCGCGAAGCUCUUCGCAUGGACAUUCAUGCGCACGAAAAUGAUGUACGCAAGUAUAUCACAGACCGCAUUCGCUUAUCGGCACGAUUAGACGGGAUGUUGGGUGCUGGUUCCUUUAGAGGAGAAAUCAUUGAGCUGCUGACAAAGGAGAGUCAAGGCAUGUUUUUGCUAUCUCGUUUACAUGUGGAUCUACUAGCACAUAAACUUACUCGAAAUGAAGUUCGACUCGCUAUUGAUAAUCUCCCCAAGGAGGUGGGGAGUGCUUACGACGAAACUAUGAAACGGAUAGAUGAAGGUCCACAUGGAGAACUGGCUAAGAAAGCCUUCACGUGGAUUGUUUUUGCCUUGCGACCGCUGUUGUUCACCGAGCUCCAGGAAGCUCUAGCAUUAUCAACUGGUCUACGUGAGUUCAGUGCUGAUGACCUGG